AUGAACCCUGAAGACUCCUUAAGAUCUCUUUCUCUAGACUAUCUCAAUCUCCUAAUCAACGGCCUGGCAUUCAGUGAUGUAACUUUCAGUGUAGAGGGGCGUUUAGUCCCUGCCCACAGGUGCAUCCUAGCUGCCAGAAGCCUCUUCUUCAGAAAAUUCUUUUGUGGGCCCGACACGCCGGCGGGCCUCGAUGCAUCGGGUUCCAGGACGGGCCAGGUCGGGGGGUUAGCAUCUUCGCCGAGAGGGGGAAACCCUCAUGUUAUACCGGUGAACUCAGUGGGGUAUGAAGUUUUCCUGUUGAUGCUACAAUUCUUGUACAGUGGACAAGUCUCUGUUGUACCCCAGAAGCACGAGCCAAGGCCUAAUUGUGGGGAGAGAGGAUGUUGGCACACACAUUGCACUGCAGCCGUUGAUCUUGCCCUUGAAACCCUCGUAGCCGCUAGAUCCUUUGGUGUGGAACAGCUCGCUUUGCUUACUCAGAAGCAAUUGGCAGAUAUGGUAGGGAAGGCCUCAAUUGAGGAUGUAAUGAAAGUUUUGAUAGCUUCAAGAAAACAAGAUAUGCAGCAGUUAUGGACUACGUGUUCCCAUUUGGUGGCAAAAUCUGGCCUACCACCAGAAGUUCUAGCCAAGCACCUCCCUAUUGAUGUUGUAGCCAGGAUUGAAGAGCUUCGCCUCAAGUCAUCCCUCGCCCGUCGCUCCCUAAUGCCCCGCCACCAGCACCGACAUCACCACCAUGAUCUUGGCGGUGCUGCUGCUGAUCUCGAAGACCAAAAAAUACGUCGAAUGAGACGAGCCCUCGACUCUUCUGAUGUCGAACUUGUUAAGCUUAUGGUAAUGGGAGAAGGCCUUAAUCUUGACGAUGCAUUGGCCUUACAUUAUGCAGUUGAGAAUUGCAGCCGGGAAGUGGUAAAAGCAUUGCUUGAACUUGGUGCAGCUGAUGUAAACUACCCUGCCGGACCAGCAGGCAAAACCCCACUCCACAUUGCCGCCGAAAUGGUGUCACCCGAUAUGGUGGCUGUCCUCCUCGACCACCACGCCGACCCGAAUGUCCGAACCUUGGAUGGUGUCACUCCCCUUGAUGUCCUUCGAACCCUAACUUCUGAUUUUCUCUUCAAAGGGGCCGUCCCAGGACUCGCACACAUUGAACCAAACAAAUUGAGGCUUUGCCUCGAGCUAGUCCAAUCUGCUGCCAUGGUUAUUUCCCGCGAGGAGGGAAAUACAAGUGCGCCUUCUUCUGCCACUAUUUACCCGCCAAUGAGUACUGGAGAUCAUGCCUGCAGUGGCACAAGCGGCGGAAACAUGGCGAACCUUAACCUUGAUUCAAGAAUGGUAUAUCUAAAUCUUGGUGCAGCAGCCCAAAUGGGAUGCAAAAUCAAUGAAGGAGAAGAUAAUGGCCAUAACAACCAAAGAGAAGCCAUGAAUCGACAUGACCUUUCCAUGUACCAUCACUCCCAUGAUCAUCAGUAUUAA